AUGGCGACGACGUUUGGCUGGAAAAGAAAAUGUCCGCAAAAUCUAGCUCGUAAAAGAGCUGCUUUGUUUGACGAGAGCAAUCAAAUACCGAAUGAAGAUGAGAGUGAACCAUUCGAAGAGGACUGGCGUGUCCUUUUAGUUAAAAGAGGAGUUCUGGGUAUUGAGGAUAGUGUUUUAAAAAGUAAGCGACUUCAAGAUGAGGGCGUUGCGCUCGCCGAGCAACAAAGGUACAUGUAUUGAAAUGAUCUAAACUUGAUUCUACCCGUGUGGUUUCAUUUGUAACUUCUUUUAAAUUGAAGUGUAAAGCUACUGCAAGCAUGUGUAUAAAGUCACCCCCUGGGGGUGGGGAUGGGGUGUUAAUAGAAAAACAUGGGGAUAUUUAUCAUUAAUAUUUUAAAAAUGGUUAUUACUUUAUUGAUAGGGAAAGCAUAUGUCAGUUAAUUUUGGCUAAAAACCAGAAAAACGUAAGAGAAAAGAGAAAAAAAAAACCUUAAUAUUAUAGGAAAUUAUUUACUUCGUAAAGUUAAUGCAAAAUUUUGAUAUUUUCAUUAAUUUAAAUUGUGUUAAUUUUUGUAAAUGUUACUUUCUGCUUCAUUAAUUAAGUGGAAUGUUAAUUUCCAUGCAACCCUAAUUUCCAUUACACUCUGUUGACAGCUACAUAAGAGGAGUAUUUUGGAGAUCAGCCAUUCUUUGCCUGAUCCUCUUCCUACCUUGUAGUAAACAAAGUUUUCAUUUCAGGUUAUACGUUUUACUUUGUCCUUGUUGUCCCUAUAAGUUUUGGUUUCUCUGUGAACGCCACGUGAAUUUCCUACAUUCUGACAUUUUACUUUUAGUCAUGUUAAUUUCCAAUACCUUCAUUUCAUGGACCGUUAAUUUCCUUUAAUAAGGUAUCUGUCGUAGUUAAUUUUUUAUCUCAGGUAACUUUUAUUUUUCUGUGUCAACUUCAUUAGCAUGUACAUUACCAUACCCAGGAGAAAAACACUUGGCAAUAACAUCUGAAGACUGCAACCAGGCUGUUUGUUAUCCAGACACAAUUACUUGAACUCUGGACAACUGUUGAUGAUUGUUUUCCUGACGGAGGGGAUGGUUCCCAAACAAAACCCUCUUUCUGGCCCUCUUUCCUCCGUCCUCACUCUCCUGACUCUCCAAAUGCGCUUCCUCUUGCAACUUCAUUUCCAAAGAAGAAAAAAGACCCUGGAAGCUACUGCAAAUUGUUGCUUCUUUUUAAUAAUUAUUAUAAAUGAAUAUUUCACUUUGCCAUUAAAUUCUAGGCACUGGGAAGCAAUUUCAAGAUGGAAUGAAGCCAUAUCGUUAACACCAAAAAAUGAAAAGCUUUAUGAAAUGAAGUCACAGGUGAGAUUGAGGGUAGAAGAGGUAAGGGGAACCGGAAGCCAAAGAUGGCUUACUUUCAACAUAAAUUUUAUUUCAUGUUGAAUGUUUGUAGACAGUACAGAGGGUGUGGUUGAUUAAAGAAUUUUACUAUUAUUUUAUAGGAUCAUCUACCUCAAUGUAAUUUUUGUGGUUCAAUUAGUAUCCUUGGUUUCAAUUUAAUUUUUUGUUAUAUCAAAUUCAUUAAUUUUAUUACUAUACCCAAUGAAGUAUUAGAAGAUAGAGUUACACUGACAUUAAGUCUUUUUUUUAGCAGUGUGAGUCACAUUUUAUUUGUUAGUAACCAUGCAACACGUCAGAGUUUGAAAAUUUAUUAAAGUCAUGCCUAGCUAGUUCAUUUUGUCGAUAAUGCCAAUUAAGCUUCCUUAUCCUGGGUCCUUAUUGGCUAUGGAAUUUGAGAAAUAACUUGUUCAUAAAAAAAUAACAUCAUCGUGUCAAGCAAAUUAAUAUGUCGCCAAAGCAUUAUUUCAAAUGUUUCAAACAACAAAAAAUGUACUUGAAAAACUUUAAGGCUAACAAAUUUUCAAAAACCACAAAUGCUGUCCAUUCCAAUCAUCUUCAAGUUUGUCAAUCUGUGUCUCUUUUUGUAUUUGCUGUGUUAUUUACAUCAUCCAUUCAUGUUUUGAGUGGUUAUAUUUUUUGUGUGUCACUCAGUUUGGUGGCGGUACCCCGCAGUACCCACUGUUUGAAUUUUGAUAAAUUUUGUCACACAGCUCCUUUAAGUUCUGUUUUGAACCUUGUAAGAAUUAAUGUCUUGAAACUUUUCAGGUUUUAAUGACAAUUGACAACAAAAUUGUUGAGACAUUGUCCUCAAAUAGUUGGGAAGCUAUUAAAUAGGUAGCUUGAACAGCGGCACAACAUUUCGUGGAGUGGAUGGGGGAGGGAAGCUUUACUUUUCCCAUUUUGAGUUCGCAAAAUGUCGAAGAGGCCCUUCAGGGCAAAGUGUCUCAACUGAUUAUGUUGCUGAUUUUGAGCUUUUGAUAGGCUUCCAAAUGUCUUGGACUCAAAUUUGCUUAUUAAAUGCAAAGCCUCAGUCUUGAAUUUGGUUAGAGAAGAAAAGUCUCUGUCUCAGAUUUUGUGAUCUCUCUACUUCAUUCUUCAUGAUAGUUUGCUUCACUUAACAUGAUUACUUUUAGGUUUUUUACACUGGGUAUAUUUUUAAAAUACAUAAUAUACUGUCAAACAGUACAGUCAGAUGGAAUAAAAUGAAAAUGUUGGGAUUGCAAUUUAUAACAUUAAAUUGCAGGUACUCUUGGAACUCCAUGAGUUAUUUCCUGCCAUACAAGCAGCAGAGAAAGCAGUCUCACUUAACCCUCAUUGGUUUGUGGCACAUCAAACUCUUGGCCGGGCACAGAUGGGAUUUGGUGAUCCUGAAAUGGUAAGUACAGCAGAGAUAUUUUUACAAAACAUCUUUGUUAACCAAAAUUCUCCCCAUGACAAAAUUACUGAAGUUUUGUUUGAAAAAAUAAUCAUGGGCACCAGUGCUACUGUUUACACAAAACCUUAUGAAGGAUAUAAGCCUGGGGUUACUGUCGCAAGUUUUGGGCAAGGGUGUGCUGCUAUAUUAGGACCCAGUGGAUUUAGCCUUAGCCUUUUUAUAUACCAGACUACAGUGCAGUUCUGCUGUUGCCACCCUAUACAUACUAGACCAUAAAACUCCCCAAACCUGAACCUUUCCUACUGAGUCACUAUUUUCCAGAAACUGUAAUUGAGGUCUACUCUUCCCCUGCUACUAUGAAACUAAGUUGCGGGUACUUCCUCCAAUAAUAGCCAUCUCUUGAUUAAUCUCCUCCCUCGAAUAAUUGCUACCCAGCUUUGACAGAAUUUAAAAUAAUCGCCUCCCUGAAAUAAUCACCACCUAACCCCUCUUGCCAUCUUUUUUUUUUAUCCACUCCCUGUCUGGUUAAAAAUUGACAAAUGAGAUAACAAACAUAUCUGAAGUGGAGUCUGAUGCAGCAAAACUGAUCAGUGAUCGUUCAAGCUCUGAUGUCAAGGAUAUUGACAUUUGAAAAUUUAAAUCUGAGGAACCAAAUCUGGAACACUUAAAAUUCCAUGUUCAGUUUAUUUUUUAUUAAUUAAUAAUGGAAUAAUAAAACAAAAUAUAUAGGGCAUGACUUCCAGUGAGCAAUAUUUGAAAGAAUCGCCUCCCUCGAACUAUCACCUUCCCUUGAAUAACUGCCCCCUUUUGGUUCGAAAAGAGAAUAAUAUUGCCCCCGGCUAUUAUAGAAGGAAAUACAGAAUGCAACUUAAAGUCUUGGGUUUCAAAAGCUAUGUCAUUUUUUUUGCGUAACUUUUUACUUCUCCCAAUCAUCAGUCACUCAUCAUUUUUUAUGUCAGUUGUUGAAAGACUGAUUAUCGCUAACAUGGGGUUAAAUUUUUAUCCAAGUUCCUGUUUCUUUAUCUUCUAAAUGUUUUUCUGUUCGUAAUUGGAUUAGUCAUUUUAGAGUGUCUAAACAUCAACUUUUGAUAAAAAAUAAUUUACUGGGGAAUUUCCUUUGUAAGCAUUCAGAUUGGAAGUCAAAUUUUAUCUAUGGUAAUCCAGUUUUAUCCUCAACCGACUUUGAACAAUGAUGUCAUGGCUUGGGGGUCUGAGGGGGUCCUCAUCAAAUUUUUAUAAGUGGAGGCUCCACCCUGAAGUGUAACCCCUUAUACUUCUAUACACCAUUUUUGACCAAAAGGUACCCCUUUCAUAUACAUUACAUUAACAAGUGGUACACCUUUCACAUACCUAGUUCACAAACCUAGUUUAGAUGAGAACAUUACAUCUCUUCUAACUGCUUUUAAUGCUUGGUCUUUUGAUGAAUAAAUAACUAAACCAAAAAGUUUUCUUGUCUCUAGUUUGUCUGUUAGCCCUUUUUGGUCCUUGUACAGAGUGAAAUGACAGAUUUCCCCAGCCUUUCAUAUAAACUUCAACUUAUGAAAUCCCUUCUUCCCUUUUUAUAUACCUGAAGACUGAAAAAGGUAGCCCUUUUGCAGGGUUCUCACUAAGAUUUCAAGUUGCCGCAUAAAUACAACAAGUAGGCAGGGAAUCAAACAGCUGGGGGUUUAUUUUGGUUCUAUUUUUCUUCCAUUUUCCUUUAAAAGUAGCCAGCAGGGCCACGUUCAUUGUAGCUGAGGAAAAUCCCUGGCCCCCACCUCUUAAUGACAGCCCUACCUUUUGGCUGGGGCCUUCCCUUGUAUGCCUUUGUAGGAGUACCCGCUGCAGUGGAGGGGGGGUGGGGAGGAUGGAGUAUUAUAUUAUUGAUUCAGUACAUGUAGGUUCAAAAGAAAUUUUUAGAGUGAGGGCUGGGAGAUUGAGGGUUUGGGUAAUUAGGGGUGGAUCUAGGGGGAAGGUGCAGGGGGGUUUGCACCCUCCCCCCACCCCACCCCUGAGAUGAUGAUGUGCAGCUUUCUAAUACAACUGGUAUUUUGCCAAAAAAAUAGACUUUGUGGUUUAUUGGUAUUGAAGAAAACAUGACACGGGGCUGAAGAAUUUAUGUUACACACCAUAAAAUGGUAGUUCCUUAUGGGUUCACCCCCUCCUAAGAAAAAUCCUGGAUCCGCCCUACUGCUUUUGGGAGUAGGGAAUUAGAGCGUGAGUGAAGAUCCACAGAAAGGUAGCAAAAAAACUGUUUUACUUUUCUUCUCUUUUGGGGGAUUUUUUGUGUGAAAGUAAUGCUUGCAAUAACUAGGCAUGCAGCUGCUGGUUUAAGUUUUUAUGGCCCAUUUUCUCCCAAGCAUGAAACAUCAACAAUAAGUAUGUUUGCUGAUGGACUUGUCAUUAAUUUUUUUGAUUGCAUUAUUCUUUGUUUGGAAAUUAUGUUAGGGUGUGAAGAGCUUCUCAAAAGCUGUUCAUCUGCAGCCUGACGAUUUAGAGGUAAUGGGAAAUGCAACUUUGAUAAUACAGUGUAGAUGAUAAUUUAAUUUACAAUAAAUUAGUUAACAGUCCAGCAAUUGUUCUGUUACUGGCACCAUUUUGACCAGGAAAGACAGCUCAUCAGAAUUUUACCUUAACUCAUGGGCCUUUUAAAUGAAAACAAAAAUGCAUCUACAUCUUUGCCAAACAGGGUUCUUACAGAUUCAAGACUUUUUCCAGUCUUUUUCCAAAACAAUAAUUUUUUUUUCCAGACUCAAGGUUAUCAAAUAGGUGAUCAACAGACACCUUAAAAACACAACAGCAAAGCUUUUUUCAUGAUGUGCUGGAAACAUAUGGGCAAGUUUGAAUAAGAUUUGACCAAAACAAAAAGAAUCAAGACUUCUUGCCAUUUUUUCCAGACCUAAUCUCCAUUUUCGAGCCUUUUUCAGGGUCUGGAAAAUUGCUGUGCAAAUUUCAAGAUUUUUUUGAGAAUUCAAGACUCUGCAUGAACCCUGGCCAAAACUAGUUGCAUGGAAAUGAGACUGGUGACUCCAGUGACUAGAGGUUUUUUCCCCUUUGUGCAUAAUUAUUUGUGUCUCACCGUCACAUCAGAUUUUAUUUUAAUGGGAGUAAAUUUUAGGAAUGAAGGAAAAAGCUCUGGCACCCCACACCACCUCCAGGUAUAACCAUAAUUGUGAGACUACCCUUGGUUACUGAUAUCUAUAGCAACAUUAUUUUUCAUGUACCAAUGGUAGUUCCUGGAGGUGGGGAGUGGGGGGUACUUAACAAAGUUUUAUAUGCAGAAACCCCACCCCAAGGUCCAACCCCUUACCCAUUUGUACCCCAUUUUUGACAGAGAAGACUCACCUUUUGUGUGCCUUCCAACCCCUGGAAAAACCAGGAAAUUUUCUCAAUUGUUUUACGGCCAUAAAUUCUUCUAUUGGCCCUUAUGGGUCUUUUUACAGACUGAAUUGACAGAUCCCUUCCCUUUUAUAUCCUUCAACUAGUGAGAUCCCUACCCUUUAAUAUACCCGACACUUGAAACAGGUACCCCUUUUGGGCAGAGCCUCCCCAUAUAUAGGCCAUAAUAAGGAUUACUCCUCCCCCCUCUCCUGAUAGCCUGUUCCAGGCUCUCAAAAAGUGGGAAGAUGUGAAAGUGAAAUGCAUGGAAAAGGGGGCAGACAGGAAUAAGGCUACAGGAAUAGAGACCCUAACCCAUCACCCUUUCUCUCCUCGAUCAGUUUCCUCCCAUUGUAUUUUCAUCUUUGCGCUUUCUCAAUUCUGCGGACCUGACUAUCUCGGAGCCUGGAUCAGGCUACCCCUUCAUGUGAUAGUUUUAUGAACGUGAGACCAAUAUAGACUAUUCUUGCCGCAGAUGUGGACAGAGGACCUCCACUGGGCCUGGAAACUGAGAGAUCAAAAGAGACAACAAGACAAAGAAAAAUUGGACUCUAUAAGUACACAACAUAGCAAAGAACUUUCGGAAUUAUACACAGCAGAUCUUGAUACUGAAACAGAGAAAGAUGAAUUUGUAAAAAAAACAAACAGCAUCAAGGAAGAAUCUCUAAAUAAUUAAAGACAUG